ACAGGGGUUAAAGUAUCAGUGCAAAGUCCCAUACAGACUGACUUAGUAUUGAGCUUUCACAGCAGCCUUUCCCUUGCCAGUUACAUUCAAAACAGCAAGCUUUUUUUUUUUUUUUUUAAUACAAGUUGGUGGGGGUGGGGAGAGAAAAAAGGAACUGGGAAAAGAAGGAGAGGGGAAGUUGAACCUUCCCUCUCUCCCUGUCUUCCUCAGAAAACCAAACAUGGCAUCUUCCAUGAGGAGCUUGUUUUCAGAUCACAGCAGAUAUGUUGAAUCUUUUCGGAGGUUUCUCAACCAUUCCACGGAACACCAGUGCAUGCAGGAAUUCCUGGACAAGAAGCUGCCAGGCAUAAUAGCAAGGAUUGGAGACAAAAAAUCAGAAAUUAAGAUUCUAAGCAUUGGUGGAGGUGCAG